AUGGGUGGUGAUUAUAAUGAGAUUAGAGUUCCUGAUGAAAGAAGAGGAUGCACUAGAAGUUCCAAAGGGAUGCAGGAUUUUAAUAAUUUUGUUGAUCAGCUGGAAAUGAUGGAUUUACCAAUGUUAGGUAGGAAGUUUACAUGGUGUAAUUCUUUGGACGGUGAUAGGUGGAGUAGAAUUGAUAGGUUUUUGUUGGAUCCCAUCUGGGUAGAAAAUUUUAGUUUGAAGUUAUGGGGCUUACCUAGACUGGUGUCUGACCACUGUCCUCUAUUGCUUAUGGAAGAUGAGAAAAACUGGGGCCCUAAGCCGUUUAGGUUUCUGAAUGCUUGGACCCUGCAUCCUAGCUUCUUGUCUGUUGUGCAAAAGUCCUGGUUGGAUUCGCAGGUUCAAGGGUGGGCUGGGUUCAGAGCUAAGGUGAAAUUGUGUAGUCUUAAAGCUGAGUUGAAACGGUGGAAUUCUGAUGUGUUUGGUUGUGUGGAGGACCAACUUAAAAAGGCUGAAGUUGAGUUGCAUGAGCUUGAUCUAUUGGCAGAACUGGGGACAUUAGAACCUCAUGAAGUUGUUAGAAGAAGGGAGGUUAAAAACUUGGUGUGGUCAUAUAGAAAGAAAUUGGAUUGGCUCCAAAAGAUUGAAAAGGGUGCUCCCAGAUGUGAUUGGAGUAGUGCAGACUGCCUUUUUGGGGGGGAGGAAUAUCUUCGAUGGGGUAAUGAUUGCCAAUGA